GAAUGGAACAAGGUGAGAUCAGACCCGCCAGCUGGAUAGCGGAGAGACUUUGAAGGAGGAGGAUGUGGUCAACAAGUGGGUGAAAGGCUGCAGACCGGUGGACUCUCACUUUCUCUGUGUCCUCGGGAUAUAUUGGAGAUGCUGAUCGUGAUUCAACCGGUUCGCGUCAACGUCACAUGCUGUUUUAAGAUGGGAAACUGAAAAUAAGAAAGCAAAGAAGCCACCCAGCCUCCGCUUGCAUCGCUGGCGGAGCCUCGCCAAACCAAACCAAACAGAACCCAGUCCGCGCGGCGCUUUGAGAACGAAAAGAAUGGACCAUCCGAUUUACCACGGGAAAAUCAACCGGGCGCUCGGGGAGAAGCUGCUGUGCAAGAACGGCAAGGACGGGAGCUACCUGAUCAGAGACAGCGAGUCUCUGCCCGGGGUUUACUGCCUGUGUGUCCUGUGUUCUGGAUUAGUUUACACAUACCGUGUUUUCAAGACCCCUACUGAUUCAUGGACUGUUGAAACUGCACCUGGAGUCCAUAAGAGGUUGUUUCGUAAAGUGAAGAACUUAAUUGCUGCAUACCAGAAGGAGAAUCAAGGCCUAGCGAUACCUUUGCUACACCCUGUGUACAAGCCGAAAGGUGUUGAAACAGAAGAAGAUUAUCUCUUGAUGCAACCAGCUGAAUGAUUGCAUGCUAUUUUUUCUAACAUGAUGUUGGACUGAACUUACUAUAAAUGCUUUCUAUUGAAAUGGGCUGCAGCAGUGAACCUGAAUAUACCUUCAUUGAUCUUUUGAUGGCCUUGAACACUUUAACCUUCUAAAUAUUGCUUGCUUUCUUCUAGAGUACCAGAUGCUUAACCUGCAAUUACUGUUCUUGAAAUAUGUUUGAAUCAUAAGUUCUGGCAUACUUUAGUACUGAAGUUCUUGAUGAAGCAGAGGGCUCUUAAUAUUUCAUUUAUUUAUUUAUCGUGUUCCCAACCUUGUUAGAGAAGGGGAUCUCUGUACCUUUCAUGUAGUUCUGAAACAGCUAAAAGAAACAACCAAAAGAAGGAACCAAAAAAGUUUAUUUUUUUAACCACUUGACUGAUUUAAUUUUAAAAGAAUAUUUUUGCAGAGACCAAUGUACUGUUAUUUGUUAAUAAUACCAUGCCAAUAAUAUGAAAAUGGAAACAGAUUUCCAUUGCAAGUAUAGAGGUCCUUGGUUUCUGCAGGGGUUGUCCUGACCUCUCAUCAUGGAGAGAGUUUGGGCUGCAGGGUUUUGAUAAUCUCCCUUGAAGGUUAUGGCAUGGGAUGGAACAACUUCUGUAGCAACUCAGGGCCAGUGUUUUGCCUGCACUUAGCGAAGAAUCAGUUUCUCUCAACAACAGUGUAAAAUGUCUUGCUGAGCAAACCUUCCUCAGCGCAACAACAAUCACAUCACACUUACAUCAUACUUGAUGAGCUGGUUCUUCACUGGCAAUAGUGGCAUUAUUAAAGCCACAUAAUGAUUAAGUUUUCUACAUAGAUGAUACAGCAACACUUCAUUAUGAGCCAUAGCAGUGCACCAUUUUCAACCUCGCUGUUUUCCAAAAUGAUCUUCCCCAGAAUUCUCUUGAGUCAUGUUACUAACCAGAUGAAACUAUUAAAUGUAUCUUAGAGCCUUUUGGCAAAGGUAUAUAUUAAAUUAAAAGAAGAAAGUAUCUCAAGUGGAUUGAAUUGACAGGCAGACAUGAGAUAUGAGCAUGUCAAUAUGUGGUUAGGAGACAAAUGUUCUUGGUACCUGCUGUAAUGGACUGCUACUUAAUGCUUUAUAAAAACUGUUUCUGUGAAACAAACUUGAAUUAGAUCCUGAUUUUUUUUUAAUUGAUAGACAUUUUGAGUCAAUUUCUUUUCAAGAAAUGGAGUGAUCUCUUCAACUUUUUCUUUCUUAUUAAAAGUUCAUUUUGUUUUCCAUCCAAGCUGUGAAAGAUGACAAUAUGUAAAUCUUUUUCCAAUCAACGCAUUAUAUUAUUUCAUUAGAUGCUAAGAGAUUUACCAGCUUCUUUUUCUUUUGCUUUUGUACUUUUUAUCUUGGAGCUGGUCAGUUUUUACUUUAAGAGCUUCCAAAAUAGCGACUUUUAAAUAACAUGAAAAGUGGAAAAAUCAAAAGCUGAAGUUGCAAUAAGGCUUCGAAGUGGUAAUUAUUUUUAAAUUUCUGCUUUGAAUUUUUCCUAGUUAUCUCCUUCUGUGGGGUACAUCUAGUACUUUAAUCUUUCUUCAUGUACAACCUUGUCAUGUGUGUCUGCAGGCCAGUUAAUUAUUUAGAGCAGCACAACUCAGCGCAGAUCAAUUCUGUUCUUCCCUAAUGUCCAUAGAUCCACUUGCAACAGUUGUCUCUGGAUAAUGAUGAAGAGCAGGAAGCCUAGCUAGUUUUAUUCCUCUCACUCUCCAGUAUAUGAUGUUAAGGCCAAAUGUGAUGAGCCAACUUCUGCCAUAGUUGAAAGCCACUAACUUAAAAAUAACCAAUAAUCCAACCUGAGACCUUUUGGUCUCUAUGGCUCAUUGCUACACUGAGGCAUUGUCUUCAUCCACUGGACCAGCUUGUUUGCAUUGUAUUUUAAUAAUGGUUUGCUUGUGACUCUUUUGUGACUCUGUUUGCUCUUGUGACUUCUUUCAUUAAAGCCAAAUAAAUACAUACACUGCAAUGGACAGCCAAUCAUUUUUUUAUUUUUAUACCACAAAACUGAUGAAUUAAUAAAAGGAAUUUUGGAGAUCUUUGUAUGUAAAAUAUAAAUAAAUAUAUCUCCAGUA